AUGAUAGCAUGCGCUGUUAGUGGCCUUGUUGCUGAUGCAAGAACUCUGAUUGAACGUGCACGUACAGAAGCAGCUCAUCAUUGGUUCGUGUACAAUGAAAAAAUGACCAUUGAGGAUGUGACUAAAGCUGUCAGUAAUUUAGCCUUAGCAUUUGGUGAUGACGAUAUGGAGUCUGGAGCAAUGGUAAGCAAACAGACUUGGUGUUGA